AUGAUCGAUAUUAUAAAUACUCAAUUCUCUCUAAUACAAACACAAUUCGGCUCAAAGAUCCGAUUCAUACGCUUCGACGAUGAAACUACGUUAGGGGGCGACUUCAAGAGGAUCACAGACAAAUAUGGCAUCAUUGUCGAACGCACUCCACCAAAUACACCAGCACAGAAUGGCACUGCAGAGAAUGCUGGUAAAAUGCUUAUGGUCAGAGCAAGAGCCCUCCUCCUUUUAGCAAACCUACCACAAAACCUUUGGCCAGAGGCAAUUAAAACAGCCGGUUAUCUUGAAAACCGUACUCCAAAAAGAGCUCUUCAAUGGAAAACACUAUUUGAAAGUGCUACUGGCAAUAAACCUUCGCUAGCACAUCUAUAUCCAUAUGGGUGCUUGGCAUAUGUGCUCAACAAGCAGAUUCCAAGACGUGCGAAGAUAGCAACCUUAUCACCAGAAGCACUUACAAAACAAUCUACUAGAGAUGUUCCUAUACCAUCAUUACCGGAGUCAGAACUCUCAUCUUCCCCAUCAUCAUCGUUAAGUCAACGUGAUAUCAUCACUACAACAUCAUCUUAUAAUACAGCACCUUUGGCAGAGCAAAUACAUGCCGAUAUCGAUGUAUCCUAUAUAAUUCAGGGUUCUAGACGUUCACAAAGGAAAGAACAUCAUACUACAGCAUUUUCAUCACUUCCUCAACUAUCCAGCUACUUUGCAGUAUUUGCUAUCGGAAGGUCUAAAUUACGAACUCCUAGAUUACAUCAAAAUGAUCUACCACCUCCACCUCGAUUUUAUCAUGAGCUAGUACAGCAUCCAUAUGCUAGAGAAUUCCGAAAAGCAUGUGAGGAUGAGAUCAACGCUCUGAAAGAACUGAUUUCCGUAAACCAAGCACUUUAUGGCUUCCGAGAGUCUCCAGCAUACUGGUAUAAGGAUCUGAUCUACACGUUAACCAACUUUGGUCUGGAUCCAGUUCCAGGAGCAUUUUGUGUUUUCACCAAUAGCUGGCUUACGAUUCUCUUCUAUAUCGACGAUAUUAUCGCAAUUUGCAAGAAAGCUGAUUUGCUACGAUUAACCUUAUUCGAAAACACCUCAAAAUCAGCAUACACCAUCAAAUCACUUGGAGAUAUACAGUUCUUCUUAGGGAUUAGGGUACUACGAGAUCGACAAAAUCAUCGUCUGUGGCUUUGCCAAGAUAACUACAUUUCAAAAAUAUCAACACGCUUCAAUAUCAAACCUAAUCCUCAAGCCUGUUCUCCAUUGCCAACAACAGCACUUACAAAGAAUCCAGCAAUUGCAACUCCGCAACAGGUUUUCGGCUACCAGCAGCGAGUUGGCAGCAUUAACUACGCUGCUGUUGUGACUCGGGCUGAUAUUGCAAAAGCAUCUUCAAUACUAUCAGAAUUUCUUCGUAAUCCAUCCGCUACUCAUAUCAAUGCAGCAGUACAUACAUUGCAAUACCUUGAGAAUACCAAAUUCUAUGCUAUCAUGUUCGAUGGGAAGAAAGCAACAACUACCAGGAACUUUCAAAUCUGGAGUGACGCCUCCCAUGCUGACGAUAUCGAUACAAGAGUUUCUUCAAUGGGAUAUUGCCUCAUACUCUUUGGAGCACACACUCUGAAAUACUGGCUCUUUCCGUUACUGCUCGAGAGCUUAUGUGGUGGAUACGCUUCUUUAAGAAUGUUGGUUUAG